AUGGUAGACAUCGGUAUGUCAGCUCAGAGAAAGCGGAGGGCUCAACGGAUGGCAAAUCGCCGUCAAAGACUAGCCCUAGGACCAGUGUCCGACCACGGGGAUGAGAUCCUUCAAGCCAUUGAGAUAGUCAAAGCCGUACUGGUCAAAGCUAAGCAAGAAGCCCAAGCUUACCCCGGCGGAGAUUUCCCCGAGGAGUCGAAAGACCAGCAAACCGACUCUUCUGCAAUCUCAACGUCCAUCCCAAAACAGAGUUAUACUCUUGAGCCAGAGAUAUCGGCCCAUCAGAACAAGAGUGUUGAUGACGAGGUCAUCCACAUGCUGCAACCUAAGGUCUCAUGUCAGGCUCUCAAACUCGAUGAGCUCGUGACCUUUGACAUGGGAUGGACUGUAAAGAGCAUCAUUACGCUCAAAGAAAUUGGAAGGGGCAGCUAUGGUCGGGUUGUGAUAGCACGUCAUCGUUCCACAGGCGUUCCUCUUGCCAUCAAAGAGCCGUCAUGGUCAGACGACUUCGCUUCGCCUGGUGAAAUGGUUGAAAACCUCAAGGCUACCAGGACCAGAGCAACAAAGGAGGCAAUGAUCCAACAGUUGAUGUCAGGCAGCCCUUACUUUCCCAAGUUCUGGGGUACCCUUGAUCUCGGUAACGAACUCUGCCAGGCCGUCGAGUUCGUGGGGUGUAAGAAGACGGGUACCGGCUACCCUCUCCACGAACCGCCAUCGCUGUCGAUGUGCAACGUUGUCAAGAUCGCAGAGGACAUCGUCAAGGGCAUGAUGGAGUUCCAUGAUCACGGACUUCUCCAUAAUGACCUCAAGAAUGACAACGUGCUCCUGGAAAAACACGGCAAGCGAUACAAAGCCGUCAUCAUCGACUUCGGGAUGGCAAGUCACCGUUCUCCCGCGGUUCGAGAACUGUCCAAGCUAGGAGCUCAGUGCAUGGCUGAUAAUCCCGACCAUCGCCCAAGCCUCGAUACCAUCCAAAGUCAAAUCACCAAACUCCAUCGGCCCAGUAGAUGGAGGCGUGUCAAGCGAUGGGUUGCUAAGAAACUGCAUCUACGUCGAAAGUAA